AUGCAUAUUUCAACUGCCACCUAUUUGGCUUCAGCUAUAUCAGCUAUAACACUUUUUGUUUCACUUGCUGCAUUCAUUAUUAUCUACAAUGAUGUACAAAAUGUUUGGAAUGAUCUUGAUAGUGAAAUGAAUGUUUUCAAAACAAAAACUAAUGAUAUUUGGAAAGAUAUGGUUUCAAUCUCAUCAUCUCAAGUUCGUCAUCGUCGUGAUGCUUAUGAAACUAUUCCUUCAGGAUAUGGUGAAAAUACACCAGAAAAAUCUACUACACCAACUUCUGGAUAUGGUGAAACAGCCACACCAGGAUAUGAAGGACCAUCAGCCCCACCAAGUGCCACAAAUCCAUUGAUUCCAGGAGGUGGUAAUCAACCAACAGUUAGUGGAUCUCCAGUACGUGGAGAAGCUCAACCACCAUCAAUACCACCAAGUAUUGGAGCACCAGGAUCAAAUGGAUGUAUGUGUAAUGCUAAUAAUAAAUGUCCAGCUGGACCACCAGGACCAAAAGGAUUACCAGGACCAGCAGGACAAGCCGGUGUUCCAGGAGUUGAUGGAGUUCCAGGUGUUGAUGCUAGUGAUAUGACUCCAACUCCACAAGACACAUCAGCUUGCUUCAACUGUCCAGCAGGUCCACAAGGAGCUCCAGGACCAUUAGGUAAACCAGGACCAAGAGGUUUAGCAGGUGUACCAGGACGUGAUGGAUUAAAGGGAUUAGAUGGACAACCAGGUACCCCAGGAGAACAAGGUGGAUUAGGACCAAUUGGAUUAGAAGGACCAAUGGGAUUAUCAGGUGAUAAAGGAGUUGAUAAAUUCCAAGAAAUUGGACGUAAAGGACCACGUGGACCACGCGGUAAAACUGGAAUUGUUGGACCAGUUGGACCAAUUGGAGUAUCUGCUGGCGCAGGAACACCAGGAAUCCAAGGAGCUCCAGGUAACAAAGGACCUUUGGGACCACAAGGACCAGAAGGAGUUGUUGGAGAAGCAGGAAGUCCAGGAAGACCUGGAAAAGAUGCUGGAUAUUGUCCAUGCCCAGAUAAAAGCAGUGUUGCAGUUGCUGGUGCAGCUAAUGGUUACAAUAAAAUAAGACGCGUAUAA